AUGGAUAGAAGUACUAAUGAUAGUGCGGAUUUGUUAGAACAAUAUGUGGGAAAUAAAUUCAAUACUCUUGUACCAGAUAUUGCUAUUCUCGAUCCAAAAACUGUUACUUUAAAAGAUGUCUAUACUAAAUUUAGAAAUUUUAACAAUAAGUUAAAAAAUUUGACUGUUGAAAAGGAAUUUGAAUUAAAAAAAAUUCAAGUAAAAAAAAAGUAUCUUGAUAUGAGUGUUAUGUUAGGGAAAGAAGAGUUAGAAUUAAAAGCUAAAGAAUUAGAUGAAAAAAGAUAUUCUGCACAGAAAUUACUUGAUUUAUUAAUUAGCUUAAAGAAUGCUUCAAACAAUAAUAAUAUGAAUAAGACAUAUGCUGAGUUGACUAAUUCAUAUCAGGAUUUGAAAGACACAAUUUUAUGGUCAGAAGAAACUUGUGAAAGUUCAAGAACUAAUUAUGAAAAUGUUAAGUUAAAGAACAAAAAAAAUCUUUUAAAAAGUGAUGUUGAACAAUUAAGAAGUAGACUGAAGCAUGUAAAGAAUGAAGUUUAUAAGCAAGAUAAAAAUAAUAUUUAUAAAUGGAUUAUAGAAAUGUGUUCUUUAUCAAUUGAAGAAAAAAAACUUUAUAGUACAUUAGAGAAACGUAAAAAUGAAAAUACUCGAUUAACGGAUAAAAAUCCAAACAAUUCUUUGAAUGAAUCUGUACUACCACUUUCUGGUUCACAAUUAUCAGUAAAAUCAAACUUUUUAAUUUGUAAGAAUGAUAAUGCUUUCAACAAAAAUAAUGACAAUGAGUCAGAUCGUUUUUCUUCUGUAUCAUCAGUAAAAGAAGAGGAAAAUAAUUUGACACAAAAUUUAUAUAAUAGUAAAGGAUCAUCAAUGGAACAUAUAAAUGAGAUUAACAAGCUUUUAAAUGAUUCACUUGCUCCUUCACAAUGUUCUAUAUUAUCAUCAGAGAUGUCUGAUAUAUGUUCAAAUAGAAGUAAUGACGACAUUAUGGAUUUUAUGCCAACAAAUUCAGAUAAUUCUCAAGUAAAAUCUAAACUAGUUAAUUUUAAUUCUAGUAAAUCUUCUAAUCGUCGAAUAGAUGAUUACAUUAAAUAUAUUGAAGAGAACUCAAAAGAUUUUAAUUUUGACAAUUUAUCAGAUGUUUCUGACAUAAACUCAUUCAAACACAAUGAAAUGCCUAAAGAUUUUUCAAAUCUAGGUAUCACUAAUUUAUUCACUCCUGAUCAAAAAGAAAGAAGUUACGAAAUAGAUUUACCGAACAAAGAAAUUAAACCUGCUGACGAAACCGAAACACCGAAAUGUUCUAAUAUCAUAAAUAACACCAUAGGUGGUGACUUUAUCAAUGACGAAGAAAAUUCUGAUAUAAAUGUUGAGAAAAAAAGUGAUGAAGUUUCAAGAACAGUUAUUUUUAAUGAUGAUAUUGAUAUUAUGGAAAUAUCUAAACAAAAUUUAUCAAAUGAAGACUUUACUAUAGUUAGUAAUUUGAAUGAAAAUCUUGAUGCUGACAAUUUUAAUGAUGAUGAAAUUUGUUUUCCUGACGAUGAAGGUAUUUUUAAUUUUUUAAAUGCUACUAAUCCUAUUAUAAAUGAAAGCGGUAAUAGUGAUGUAGAUAUAGAUGAUGGUUUUAAUUUUGAUCUUAAUAUGUUGGAUGGUCCUUUAAGUGAAAAUGAUUCAGAACCAAUGAAUGAUAAUAUUUUUGAUAAUGUGAUCAGUAAAAAUAAUACUGGUUCCAAUGAAUUUGAUAGUCUUUUUGAUUUCAAAUAG